AUGAGCCGAGACGAGGGACCUAGACCGCCUGUCCUUUCAGCGUCGAAUCAAAAGACGCCAUGGUGCUUGAUUAGCUCAAAGGAGACCCCAGAAUGCGGGGCUGCCACUCGCCGCCCCUCCUCCCCACCAAGAGGCGAGCGACAGCAAGCAACCUCCCCCUCCCCCUGA